UCGUUUUUUCCCCGUACAUUCCACACGAGUUUGUAGUUUGUACGCGAAGACUGUCAAGAGUGUGGAGCUCGCGACUGCAGCAGUUGGGCACGGGUGACGGAGCAAGCAGGACUUGUGCUUCUGCUUCGCGUUUUUGCUCCAUCUUUUCCAUUGACAAUCGUCAGCGCGUCCUCUUGUUCCUUCGACACAUAUACAGUGCGGGUCCAUUGUUUUUCCGCUGUGCUUUCUAGCUCCGAAACGAGUGCGGCGCGCAGUGAGAGAAGCCUAGAUUUUUUAGUUGACAGCAAGCUGGUCAAGAAGUGAGAAGAGAAGGUUCCCGCAUACGCUCGGGGCUGUGUGCUAUAUGUAUACUGCUGACACGAACGCAUACCUGCUACGCUAUGCCCCUUGGAGUAUGGCUAUUGAGACAGAGAGCCGAGCGUAACAAAUGAAUUCUCUCGGAGGAGGAGGAGGAGGAGGAUAAAAAAAAACCCAAGGAAAAAGAGUGAGAAACAUGAUUUAGCUGGUUUUCCAGUGAUCGCCAUCAAGUAAGAUGUUCCACAAGAAAAGUACCGAAUUCGUUAGCUUACUAACCGCCGCGGUGGUUACACUAUGUUUUUUCCGAGCGAUCGGCGCUCUAGAGGGACCGAACAUCUGCACGAGACAAGAGCCGUACACGGUGACGGUGAAGGUUUCGGAGCAGAAGCCUUACACCGAGAGGACCAAGACGUUCUGCUGGAGUUUCCCGCCCACGUGUUCCAAGUACAAAAUCGUCUUCAAAACCGUCUACAAGACUCAGACGUUUACCAAGCACAAGCCGGUGGAGGAGUGCUGCAAAGGCUACACGCAAACGAACAACGGCGAAAGGUGUAUCGCCGUGUGCUCGGAGCCGUGCCUUCACGGUAGCUGCGUCGCCCCGGACGUCUGCAAGUGCGAGCCCGGAUACGGAGGGCCGACCUGCGACAUCAAGUGUCCCUUCGCCAAGUGGGGCAAGGACUGCCAGGAGUCCUGCCAGUGCGAGAACGGCGCCAGCUGCGAUCCCUACGACGGCAAGUGCACGUGCUCGCGAGGCUGGACGGGCGAGUUUUGCAACGAGCGAUGCCCGGCCAACAGGUAUGGCCAGAAUUGCGCGGAAGAGUGUCGCUGUCUCAACGCCGGCAGCUGUCAUCACAUAUCCGGUGAAUGUCACUGCGCUCCCGGUUACACCGGCCCACUGUGCGGCGAGCUCUGUCCCGCCGGCAAGCACGGGGACGAUUGCAAAUCCGAGUGUCGAUGUCAGAACGGAGGAUCUUGCAGCCCGACGACCGGCGAAUGCUUCUGUACUCCGGGAUGGACGGGAUCGGUCUGCGCCAAUCGAUGUCCCGAGGGCUUCUGGGGCAAGAACUGCAGUGUGCCUUGCGAAUGCUACAACGGAGCUGGCUGCGACCACAUUACUGGGGAGUGUCGAUGCAAGCCCGGAUACCACGGAGACAGGUGUCUGAAGAGUUGCCCCGAGGGAACGUUCGGGCUGAACUGCCAGAGCAACUGCAGCUGCGUGAACGGAGCAUCCUGCUCCAACAUUGAUGGAUCUUGCAAAUGCACCGCUGGAUGGACCGGUAAAUACUGUAGCGAACGCAUCUGCGGUGACGGUCUCUAUGGUCCCGAGUGUUCGAAGGUAUGCGAGUGCGAGAGCGUAAAUACCGAGCUGUGCCAUCCGUGGAGCGGCGAGUGCACCUGCAAGCCCGGCUGGGCCGGUAAGACGUGCUCGCGCACGUGUCCGAUUUACACCUAUGGUCAGGACUGUCAGGGACGCUGCGAAUGCCAGAACAACGCUCAGUGCUCACCGGUCAACGGAAGCUGCAUCUGUGCAGCCGGCUAUCGCGGCGAACACUGUCACGAGCUCUGCCCACCCAACACCUUCGGCGAGGACUGCGCUCAACGAUGCAUGUGCCUCAACGGCGCGACCUGCUCGCCAGAGGACGGACACUGCAACUGCACUGCCGGCUGGGACGGCGUGCAAUGCGAGCGUCCCUGUGACGUAGGGUUUUACGGAGUUAGCUGUAGUGAGAAAUGCAAGUGCCUUAACAAUGCCGCCUGUAAUCCCCUAAAUGGAAAGUGCACCUGUUCACCGGGUUUCACGGGCGAGCUGUGCCAGAACCGUUGCGAGAAAGGAUUUUACGGUAAGGAUUGCUCACAGGUUUGCGAGUGUCACGACGACAACAGCAUCGACUGCGAUCCCAUUACCGGGCGGUGCCUUUGUAAACCAGAGUGGCGAGGAGUACGUUGCGAGACCAAGUGUCCCGCUGGUAUGUACGGAGAUGACUGCCUCAACGAGUGCAACUGCAAGAACAACAGCUCGUGCGACGCGAAUACCGGAAACUGCGUGUGCGCUCGAGGUUGGCAAGGAAGCGACUGCUCGCAGCCCUGCAGCAAGGGUUGGUAUGGCGUGGGCUGCAAGGAGAAGUGCCCAGAACAGAACCACGGCAAUAUGACGUGCGACCACGUGACUGGACAGUACGUCUGCCGACCUGGUUACCUAGGCAUGACGUGCGAGCAUCCGUGCCCACCGAACCGCUUCGGCCAGGACUGCGUGGAGCGCUGCGACUGUAAGAACGGUGCCGAAUGCCAUCACGUGACCGGAAUGUGCCAGUGUCUACCUGGCUGGCAAGGCAAACACUGUCAGAGUCGCUGCCCCGAGGGUACCUAUGGUGUCAACUGUACCCAGCACUGCAAGUGCCUCAACGGUGGCAAGUGUCGAGCUAAUGACGGACUUUGCAGAUGUGCGCCCGGCUGGACCGGUACUCGGUGCACCGAAAUCUGCCCCGAGGGAUACUACGGUGAUCACUGCAUGGAAGCGUGCGAGUGCAAGAACGACUUUUUCAGCUGUCAUGCUGCCAAAGGCUGCGUUUGUAAACACGGUUAUACAGGUCCGAAUUGCGACGAAGAGCUGUUCUCGCGUAAUAUCCAGCAGAAAAGCGAACCCGGCUACGGCAGUGUGAUAGGUGGUAUUUUCGCUGGUAUUAUGGGCAUAGCAAUUUUCUGUGCUGCCUGGAUGUAUCAUCGACGAAGAGUCGCUAAUCUUAAGAUGGAGAUUGCGCAAGUCCAGUAUAUAGCCGAACCUGUUACACCCCCAGACCGCAAUCAAUUCGACAAUCCUGUCUACUCGUAUCAAGGUGGAAAUUCGCGGACCGACGAUGGCACAGAUACUCUUCUUAACAACAUGCAAAUUAAAAAUAUCCUUACUAGAAAGAAUGUAAAUAACGAAAAAGCCAAGUUGGGAUACGGAUUCUCAACAGACGACGAAGACGAUAGUUGCAAAGGUGCUUAUGGUCUCCAAUACGAUCACACGGCCUCGAUGAAAAACAAAGACGCUGACCUAGGCAAUCCAAACAUGAAUGUGUAUCACAGUAUUGAAGAAAUGGACAAGCAAAAAUCUGAGCACGUUUAUGACGAGAUCAAGCAGAAUAACGCAGAUUUGGAGUAUGACCACCUUGAUUAUACUAGAGCACAGAGUGAUAGAAAACCACAUUACCAACGUAUGGCCAACAGCUUUGGUUCGACUUAUCGAGACUCGGUCAGUGGUCCAGGCCGAGCUUCAACGUCAACUUGUCCUGAUCCCGAGUUAGAAAUGUCAAAAGGAAAGAUUAAAAUUCAUUCAAAAGUAUCCUACGGAUAUGUUACGAGAUCACUGACGAUUUAAUAGAUAGAGAGCAAGAUAAAUGGAAAGAGGAGAACGAGAUAAAUCACUAUAUUAAAUUCUAAUAAUAUCAGUCAACCCACUGACUGUAAAAUGUUGCUCAACGAGUAAAUUCCAGCGGCAACUGCAAUUGGUUUAAAGAGCCACUCCGAUGUUACGAAGUUGAUUUGUAUGCCGGCAAGGUUUGACGAAAAUUGAUCAUAUAAAUAAUUUACCUAA